GUGUAGAGAGAUAAAGAGAGAGGGGUGAGUGUAGAGUGGUCAAAGACAGAUUAAUGGAAAAUGAUAGAGAGAGGAACAACUGCACAGUGGAUUUCUCUCAUUCAGCAUCCUUCCGUCUGUCAGAUGGCUGUAUGGAGAACUUGAGCUGGAGGACAGAGGGAUAAGGAGGAGACAAAAGGAAGCAAGGAGAACAGGGUGAGAUGGAUGAGGCUCAAAUUCACCUCCAGUUAAAGAGGAAACUGCAGAGGAACCGAACAAGCUUCAGCCAGGAGCAGAUUGAUGCUCUGGAGAAAGAGUUUGAGAUGACUCAUUACCCUGAUGUCUUCACCCGAGAAAGACUGGCCUCCAAAAUCCACCUUCCUGAAGCUCGUAUUCAGGUGUGGUUCUCCAAUCGGAGAGCUAAGUGGAGGAGGGAGGAGAAGCUGCACAGCCAGAAGAGUCUGGGGGGCGGGACUUCCUGCACUCAAACUCACACAUCACUGAGCACAUCCUUUAACCCGCCUGUCUAUCAUCAUCACCAUGGCAACUCCUCCGGCUCCUCCCACUCUGUCUGUGACUCGUCUGUGUCUCCAUUCAGCUCGCUGUCUGUCGUCUCCACUCUGCAGUCCACAUCCUCUUACUCCACCAUGUUGGCUCCACCCCCUUCUGCUCCUCCUCAUCUACCUUGUAAAUUUGACCCCAUCCCUUACCCAGCCCCCCACCUGCCCCCCCCUGCUCCUCCUCCAGCAGGUACAAACACAGGGUUUUUCAGUGGCAUGUCGCUCUCAGGAACACUCGAGCUUCAGGCUAGACAGCAGGACCUGAGUCUGGCCUCGUACUGGAGCAGGCUGCAGUGAGACUCAACCAGACAUAUAUCACCAGGACCCUCGAUCAGGGAUGAACUGCACGCUACAAGACAUUCUUUAAAAGGAAGAACAUGGCUCCUCAUCACAGUAACAAUGAUCAAUGAAGCAGCUGUUAAACUGAAGUAAAACUUCAAUCAGAACCCCAGAAGAACCACACUGAAGAUCUUGGUUCAGGAAAUAUCAUGUUGCAGAACUGUGAUCAACAGUCAAGCAUGGCCAUGAUGUUCCUUUACUCCAGAUGAAUUUAGUAAGCAUCUGAAGUUUGCUUCUGUAGUUAGCUCUGGAGCGACGAGGCUAACAGAAGCCCUGCUCUUGGUGUUUUAGUGUGUGUUAUGUUCCUCGAUGUCCUGCUGUGACCCUGUGUGACUGUGAGCCUCAGGGUGUGUCCCGUGUGUUUGUAAUGACGGUAAAAAAAAACAUCAGUUCCUCAUAAUCUAAUAAACUGAUGUAAUUUACAGCUACAAGGUGAGGCCUGGGAGGGGAGGAGCUUAUGAGGGGUGGGGCCUAUGAGGGGCGGGGUUAUACUGGACAGAGACAUAUGUGCUACAUGCACACAGCAGGAAAUAUAAUUCUGACUACACAUGGAGUAAAGAAAUGCAGUGGUGGGCUUUAGAUCAGAUCAGAUUAGAUGAGAUUAGAGUCGAGUAGAGUAGAUGAGGUUAGAUAAAGUGAAGUGAGGUAAGAUGAAAUUGGAUAAAACAAGGUUAGAUUAGAUUAAAUGAGAUGAGAUAAAAUAAGAUUAGAUAAAAUGUGGUGAGAUGAGGUGAAGUAAGGUUAAAUGAGAUUAGAUUAGGUGAGGUGAAAUGAGAUUAGAAGAGAUUAGAUGAGAUUAGAUAUGAUUAGCUGAGAUAAAAUUAGAUAAAAUAAGAGUAGAUUGGAGUAGAUGAGAUUAGAUAAAAUUAGAUUAGAUUAGAUGCAAUAAAAUGAGAAGAUUAUAUGAGAUUAUAUGAUAUGAAAUUAUAGUAAAUGAGAUUAGAUUAGAGUUGAUGAGAUUAGAUGAGAUUUGAUGUUGUAAUGCUCCUAUGUGAUUAACCAGAAAACCGAUAAUCUUUAUUCUGCUUUUAUUGAAUAAUUUACUUUACUUUAUAAUAAAAACGAAUAAUUAAUUAGAUGCAGUUUUCUGUAUUAAAAGUUUUGUGUUUGUUUGAUGUAGAAGAUUCUGUCACUAAAAUAUUCACCCGCCAAUAAA